GGGUGAGCCGGCCGCGCCCGCGCCCUCCCGGGCCUCUCCCCGCCACGGCUGGCAGCGCGGAGGUUGGUUUUUGGAGGUGUCCCUGCUGAAGCAACAAAGAGUUCUCCCAUGUGACACCCCAAGGUGCCUUUGAGGAAAGCUCUCUGGACCUCCCUAUGGGCUGAUGAAGAAGGGGGCGCCCCACACCCUCUCUGUCCCCAGCUGAGAUUAUGAUGGAUUUGGGAUAUGGCCCAGGCCUGGGCCUCCUGCUGCUGACCCAGCCCCGCAGGCGUUAGCGAGAGCCCCGCACUGUCCACCCCCACCAGAGACCACCCCUCCUGCCAGGGGCCUGGAGCUGGCGAGUGACUAUGCGGCUUGGGCUGUGUGUGGUGGCCCUGGUUCUGAGCUGGAUGCAUCUUGCUGCGGGCAGCCGGGGGAUCAAGGGGAAAAGGCAGAGGCGGAUCAGUGCUGAGGGGAGCCAGGCCUGCGCCAAAGGUUGUGAGCUCUGCUCGGAGGUCAACGGCUGCCUCAAGUGCUCACCCAAGCUGUUCAUCCUGCUGGAGAGGAACGACAUCCGCCAGGUGGGCGUCUGCCUGCCUUCCUGCCCGCCCGGCUACUUCGACGCCCGCAACCCCGACAUGAACAAGUGCAUCAAGUGCAAGAUCGAGCACUGUGAGGCCUGCUUCAGCCACAACUUCUGCACCAAGUGUAAGGAGAACUUAUACUUGCACAAGGGCCGCUGCUACCCGGCCUGUCCCCACGGCUCUGCGGCUGCCAACGGCACCAUGGAAUGCAGCAGUCCUGCACAAUGUGAAAUGAGUGAGUGGUCCCUGUGGGGGCCUUGCUCCAAGAAGAAGAAGCUCUGUGGCUUCCGGAGGGGCUCCGAGGAGCGGACGCGGAGGGUGCUCCAUGCCCCCGGGGGAGACCACGCUGUCUGCUCGGACACCAAGGAGACCCGCAGGUGCACAGUGAGGAGGACACCCUGUCCUGAGGGGCAGAAGAGGAGGAAAGGUGGCCAGGGCCGGCGGGAGAACGCCAACAGGAACCUGAACAGGAAGGAGAGCAAGGAGGCAGGCGCCAGCUCUCGGAGACGCAAGGGCCAGCAGCAGCCGCAGCACCAGGGGACAGCGGGGCCGGUCACACCUGCGGGGCUCACCUAGGGACCUAGGGACAUUCUUCAGCCUCCAGGCCCUUGCAGAAAGAGUCCAGCGUUGCUCUGUGUGAUGGAAGCUUUACCGAACUGGAGCGCUGGGGGCAAAGCGUGCACACACUCUUCAUAGGUAUACGGACACACAGACACACACACACAAGGGCCCGUGUCCCAACAUGCAACCAACUUACAUGUGUGAGUGCGCACGCACGCGCACACACACACGCACACACACACACACACACACAAUCGAGGCCACCGGAUGACACUUCUAUGUCCUGGAUGUCACCGUGUGAACAGGGUGGGGAGGUGGAGGGGUCACUUCUGCCUGGCAGAGGGCCAGGUGGCACAGACUUGGUUUGCGAUGCUCCCAAGGGACAUGUCAGAGAGAACAUUUCCCAGCGUCUGAGCCCAAACAGAGCAGAGCUUUCUGGAGGAGCUGAUGGGAUCAGUCGGGGUGGCAGACAGGAACCAGAGCUCAAGGACUGUCCAGCGUUUCCAGCUGUGUGACUUUAUCAUUGGAGAGUAUUGUUACACACCCAUGGUCCGUAUCAAGGCUGCCGCGACUCUGAAAACUGCUUAAAAGUUUAUUUCAAAUUAAAAACAAAACCAAAUGACAACAAUA